AUGCCCAACUAAGUUAAGCCUCCAACUCAACAAGUAGGGCCAUUUCACUGUCAGAAUAAGAUUGAAUCGACGCUGAUCGUCCCUUCUAGCGGUAAAGAUGCUGGUAACCAGCCACGGAAUCUAAUACUGUAUGGCUGUGGAAUUCGGGCGCCUGUUGUCAGGACAAUUAUGCUCACCCAGAACUGGAAGGCCAUUCUGAAACGCCUCGAUGCGGAACCCGCUUUGGAUAAAUCUGAUGAUGCCGCCUUUAUGGCCAGCAGCUUUCAGUGCAGACACACGGAAUCGCCAGACGCAUCUGAUAGGCAGACAGUUGGCCCAGUGACAAUUCUUCUAGCCCCAUUAUCGUCGAUCGUAUCAUAG